AUGGCACCAAGCGUUGUGUCUUCCGGCUUGGAGAAGCUUCAGGAAACCCUCGAUGGCUCUCUCGAAGGCCGCAAGGUGGCGGACCUCUCGAAAGACACCAAGAACUACCAUGAUCCGAAGAACAGGAUCACGACCGACUAUGGCGUGAAGCAGGAGAACACUGACGACUGGCUGAAGGUUGCCACCGAGGACAAGACAGGCCCUAUGCUUCUGGAAGACCAUGCCGCUCGCGAGAAGAUCAACCGCUUCGACCAUGAGCGCAUUCCAGAGCGAGUGGUCCAUGCCCGUGGUGCUGGUGCCUUUGGUACCUUCAAGAUGCACAAAAGUCUGGCCGAGUACACCAGCGCUGGCGUGCUCUCAGACACCUCUCGCAACACACCCCUCUUCUUGCGCUUCAGUACGGUCCUGGGUAGCCGCGGUUCCGCCGACACCGUACGAGACGUGCGCGGCUUUGCCGUCAAGUUCUACACAGACGAAGGCAAUUGGGACAUUGUCGGCAACAAUAUUCCCGUCUUCUUCAUCCAGGAUGCCUUGAAGUUCCCAGAUCUCAUCCACGCCGGCAAGCCGGAGCCAGACAAGGAAGUCCCACAGGCUCAGUCAGCCCACAAUAACUUCUGGGACUUCCAGUACCUCCAUACCGAGGCCACUCACAUGUUCAUGUGGCAGCAGAGUGACCGCGCCAUCCCUCGCUCCUACCGUAUGAUGCAGGGAUUCGGCGUCAAUACGUACACCCUCACCAAUGACAAGGGCGAGCGCUUCUUCGUCAAGUUCCACUUCGUGCCCCAGCUGGGUGUACACAGCUUCGUAUGGGACGAGGCACUGAAGCUUGCGGGCCAGGACCCAGACUUCCAUCGCAAGGAUCUUUACGAAGCCAUUGACAAUGGAUGUUUCCCGAAGUGGGAUUUCGGUGUUCAGAUCAUCCCAGAGGGCAAGGAGAACGAUUUCGAGUUUGAUAUUCUCGACGCCACGAAGAUCUGGCCUGAAGAGCUGGUACCCGUGCAGAUGGUUGGCGAGCUUGAGCUGAACCGAAACGUCGACGAGUACUUCACUCAGACAGAGCAAGUCGCUUUCUGCACGGGUCACAUGGUUCCUGGCAUCGGCUUCUCCGACGAUCCAUUGCUCAUUGGACGCAACUUCAGCUACAACGACACUCAGUUGACUCGCCUGGGCACCAACUGGCAGGAGCUGCCGGUCAACCGUCCUGUCUGCCCUGUGAUGAACAACAACCGUGACGGCAAACUCCGGCAUACCAUCACCAAGGGCUCGGUCAACUACUGGCCCAAUCGCUUCGAGGCAACCCCGCCUGCUAAAAAGGAGGAGGGCGCAUACAUCGACUACCCUGAGAAGGUCGAGGGCAUGAAACAGCGUCUCCGGUCGAAGAAGUUCCGUGAGCACUUCAACCAAGCCCAGCUUUUCUACAACAGCAUGUCGCCACCGGAGAAGGCACACAUGGCCUUCGCGCUCAGCUUCGAGCUUGACCAUUGCGACGAUCCGUGGGUUUAUGAGAAGAUGUCCGAGCGCUUGGCAGACAUCGACCUCGGGCUCGCUCAGUCCGUGGCCGAGAUGGUCGGUGGUCCCAUCCCACAGAAGGCAGGCCGCCCCAACCACGGCAAGACAUCCAUGCGUCUCAGCCAGACUGAGCUGCAGCCCAAGAACCCCACUAUCGAGACCCGCCGUGUCGCCAUCAUCAUCGCCGACGGCUACGACGCUGGGGCCUACAACGGUAUCGUAUCUGCUCUGAAGGCUGCAAAAGCCAUCCCAUACACCAUCGGGACCCGCCGCUCUCCCAUCUUCGCCGCUGGUGAGAGCAAAGAGUCUGGCAAAGGCGUCAAGCCCGACCACCACCUCGAAGGCAUGCGCAGCACCAUGUUUGACUCCGUCUUCGUUCCCGGCGGCGCGGACAGCGUUGCUACGCUCCGUAAGAACGGCCGCGCGCUGCACUGGGUCCGUGAAGGAUUUUCCCAUCUCAAAGCCAUUGGCGCGGUCGGCGAAGCCGUCGAAUUCGUGCGCGAUGCUUGUUCCUUGCCCGGCAUGGACUUCAGUACGUCCUCGGAUGUCGUGGACAGCUUUGGCGUUGUAACGGCGGCGAAGUUGAAGCCGGAGAGUUUGCGGGAGACGGUCAAGAUGGUGAAGGGGGCGACGGAUUUUGUGGAUGCGUAUACGUAUGCGAUUUCGCAGCAUAAGAACUUUGAGCGGGAGAUGAAGGGGUUUCCGCAGAUGGUGGCUUACUAG